ACGUCCGAGAAACAAAGCACAAAGAAUCCCUUGUGACUCCCGCAUGGCUCACAAUAACAUGGCGGUAGAAUGUUUGGCUUGUGACGAAGGAAAAGCGUCAUACGCCCGACUCAGGUCAAAGGAAGAUUGAUUCACUGAAGUUUACAUAACUGACAAAAAGCACACUACUUUUCAAUGACUUGCUGCCUGUAUCCGCGAUGCAUAGGAGUUUGGUUCCAGAAUUACUUUUUUUGACUUUUUUUCACUACUCAUGACAUUCGUUUCUGACUACAGGGUUUGAUAUCCAUGAACACAUAGCAUAUUUAUUUCUAAAGCAUAGCGAUUUUAUUUUACAUUAAUUUUAAAUCCUUAAUUUCAAGUUACACAAGCUCAACAGCACGAUAGACUAGACCAAAAAAGAGAAAAUAAUAGACAAGAAUAGACAGCAGAUGGUAGACGAAAAUCAUCACCGAAGAGAGGCGGGCUCGCUCCGCCGGAACGACUCCAGCGUCAAACCGAGGCUCAGCGACGGGAGCAGUGUUAGUAAUAGUGAUGGAGGAGUCGUCUCCAGGGUUUUGGGGAGUAUUCGACGCAGGCGUCGAGAUAAACCGAAACCGUUGACACCAGCGGAGAUACAGUUGCAGCAGCGAAGAUUGUGGAUUGCUAACUAUCAGGGCUCACAUUCACCGGACCGGCCCCAGGUCGAUCGACGGAUGGGAGAAAAACUGUCUGAUAACGAGUAUGCCCGCAAGCUUCAGAGGAUGCAGGAACGGAAUGAGAGGAUUUAUGCAUCGGCCGACCGGAGUCAAAGCAGGGGCAGGGGUAUUGGUAGAAGUAGGACGGCAUUUGAAAUGAGUACUACGCUUAGCGAAGGUCGUUCGUCUGUGGCCUCGGGGAGCACUAGCGAAGAACGACCGUCAUUGCAGUUUUCCAGGACGGAAUGGCCAAUCGCAAAAGAAGGCAGUACUAGAGGACGGGCACCGAGUUCUCCUAUAUCUCCUGGGGCUGUGACGAUACAGGUAUAUCGCGACAUUGGUGGUAUAGAUCGAGGACCUAUUAUUCGGUAUAGGAAGGAGUCCGAGCAGAGGGCUCAGUUGCUAUCGAAUAAACUGUAUGCCCCAAGCGAGUCUUCUCAAAAGGGGCAUAGCUCGCAAGAGGGGUCGAGACAAGGAAGUACGGGAACGUCUAUUAGGUUUGUUGACAUAAAGACGCCGACUCGUGACGAUCCAAAUUCAACAACGCCUAGCCUCAUUCUUAACUCUUCUACCACAUCCCCCUACCCUAAAGACAUCUACAGCUCGCCGAAACCGAAGGACAAUAACCACAAAGGUCUCCCUACACCGCCCCUGGAGCCGGCCCAGCGGUGCCCGUGGCCAGGAUGCAAUUCGAUCCUAAGGACAGAAGAAGAGAAGAAGGAUAACCUCUGCACAGACUGCCACGAGACAUUGUAUCCCCGGGAAAGCGCCUUCUUCGGGUCCAACGAGGAACAAGCACCACCCGCCGCAGGCGACGCCGAGCUAGCAUCCCUCCAGGCUCUCGUCGGUGCCCGCGCCAAAGCCAACACCGAGACCGCAGAGAAAAGUACACAAGAACACACCACCCGCAAGAGAACGGUGAUCCCGCGCGUCGACAGCAAGUUCAGCACGUCAAGCUUCAAACUCCAGCCCGCGCCUAGAGGGAAACGCCAACGAUCCCCAGGAUCUUCCGAUGAAAGCGAAAACAGGCGUGAUGUAGUAAGAUCACCGCCUCCCUCAAGCCGCAACAAGCACAUUGGAUUUCAGGAUGUACGAUGGUUUCCGCUUUCGCCAAAAGAGCCGUCCGUUAAGUACUCGCCACCUCCAAAGCCCAAGCCGCAACCUCGCGCAGAAAACAAUGAUAGUAGGAUAGGCGCUGGCUUGCUACGUCCUGAAUCCCGCAAAAGCAGUGAUGAUUCAUGGACAACCGAUUUGCGAUGCAGCGAUAACGACAGCGAUGACAGUUCCGAGGAUGCGCUCUCGAAUCUUCCCAAAUUUGAUAUUGUUUCCCCGCCUAAAUGGCACCUCGAGGAUAAAGAAAGGCACCUCGAGGACAAUAAACACAAGGCCGCACCACUACCUGGUCGACAAACUGUGUUAUACCAAGAAAUCGAUGAUAUUAUUGAUUGCUACACGACGAUUGAGGGCGGCAUGAAGAUAACGGAACGUCAACAGAAGAGGGCAGAUACCGUGUCGUCGUUUUUCGAGCGGGAACCGGAGGAAAUCGAGAUGAAGCGACGGGGAUUUAUCUAGAGCUAGAAUGUCUUAAUAGAGACAGUGAGAAAAUCGCAAACGAUAUUAGAAGAAAUCAGGUAGACAAUUAGUAAAAACAACGUGGUGAUGGCAUUAUGGCAACAUGGCAAAUUAAGGAUCAACUACCCUAAAAGGAUAGAUGCCUAAGCAAAUGCAAUAUGAUGCGAUGUACAUGAAAGUAACU